UUGGGAGAUUGUCUCACCUGAAUUUCUUUAUAAAUAGCUCAGCCACAGGCACCCUUUUCAUCUCACAGACCUCUCUCUCUCUCUCUCUCUCUCUCUCUCUCUCUCUCUCUCUCUCUCUCGCUAAAAUGGCCACUUGCCUUGUGUCCUCUAACGAGAGAACAAUCAACGCGAUGGUGGCAAUAACAAGUGAAAAUGAAUGCGCGGCUGAGAUCCCGCACGAUGUUGCUGAGAUUGUCAUUGUUCGCCACGGAGAGACCACAUGGAAUGCCUCUGGAAGAAUUCAGGGCCAACUCGAAUCGGAGCUAAACGAGGUGGGAUGGAAGCAGGCGGCCGCAAUAGCGGAGAGAUUGGGGAAGGAAUCAAAGCCGACAGCCGUGUACUCAUCUGAACUCAAGCGUGCAAAAAACACAGCGGAGAUGAUCGCUAAGAACUGCCACAUCCAUGAGGUGAUUGAAAUACCUGAAUUGAAGGAGAGACAUGUGGGGAGCUUGCAAGGUUUGAUAUGGGGAGAGAUUGAAGAGAAGGAACCUGAAGCAUACCAUGCUUUUUUCUCAUCCCAAAAUGACCUAGAAAUCCCUGGUGGCGGAGAGAGCUUUAAUCAGCUUUGUGAGAGGUCUGUGGGUGCUCUUGAGGAAAUUGCCUCUAGACACAAAGGCGAACGUGUCAUCGUGGUCACUCACGGGGGUGUACUGAGAGCAAUCUACAUGUCACUCACCCGUGAGCCGACUGCAGGCAAGGUGUUGAAUGCAUCAAUCAACAUCCUCCAUCUCUCGGAGAAGAAGUGGGCCUUCAAGUCAUGGAGUGAUGUGGCCCACCUCAACGAAGUGGGCUUCCUCCAGCGCGGCUUCAACGGCGACGCUUUGCCGCAACCAUAAGUGCGACUGCAUGAGCUAGAAAUUUAGUUAUUAUGGUGUAUUGUUGUAAUUUGUUACUAAGCAUGGAGUUGCGGUUAUCGUCUUUGGGCUGCACAUUUACCAUGCUGUGUUUGUUCUAUGGCCCAUUUGUUGUGCGAGAGGUUUGUAUGAGAUCGUGUAUGUUUAUGAGCUAUUAUUAUUAUUAUUAUAAUCAUGCCCUGUUCCUUGA